AUGGAUAAUGAUUUAAGCCUCUUCGAUCCCUCACCCUUUCAGACGUCCCACAGUGCCCAUCAUGCCGAACAGAGUUCAUCGGAAAAUAUCUAUUCGUUGCUGAUUAAUGACAGCGACAGCCACAGUGAUAGACACACACCAACAAAUCUUUAUGCUCAGCAGCUGCAACAACAACAAUCACCGGAAACGGAAAUCAUGGCCAUACCCUUGCCGACCCACUUGGAAUAUGACUCCGCCGAACCCAGUCCAACUCAGGCCUUUGGACCGAAAAUUGAUAAUUUGGAAAAUUUACCCGGUACUGCAAUGCAUCGUUCGCUGGGUCUACAUCUGUCGGCACCACCCACACCCGAACCUGAGGAACAAAAAACACCCAUUACCAAUGGAGGCAGUGACUCCAAAACUCCAAGGCAGGACGAUUUGGAGAAGUCCGUAAUCAAAACGAACACUCCCACCCCCAACACGAUAAUGGACGAUCCGUUUGCCUACAAACAAUUGGUACCCUAUGAAAAGUCCCUAACCAACAACAACAACACCAAUAACUCCAAACAAUCCUCCAUGGAAUCGAGUUUGAAUGGUAGCUUCUUCAACAACAGCCGCAAGGAAAGUAAACGUAACUCCAUGGAAGAGACUCAAUCCCGACGUGUCAGCAAACAGGAUCGUGAAGGUUUAGAUUCCGAAUCGCUAAUGUUUCGUGAUGGUCGUCGUAAAAUCGAUAUGGUCUUAGCAUGGGAAGAGGAGGAUUUAGGCGUCAUGACCGAAGCAGAAUCACGUAAACGGGAUCAUCGUAAAAACUUUAUGGAAAAUCUAAUUAAAGAAGGUCUCGAAGUCGAACUGGAGGAUAAGACGCAAUCGUUUAAUGAAUGUACCUAUUUUUUGAAAAUACAUUUACCCUGGCGUUUGGAGACCCGCCUGGCGGAGGUUAUGAAUUUGAAGUUGCCCGUCAAGAGAUUCAUAACGAUUUCGGUUAAGUCACCAUGGGACGAAGAGAACAUUGUAUCCCGCAACAUAAUCUAUUGGAAAGAUGUCUGGCAAAAACUUACGCAACGAAUUCAGCUGGAUAAAAGUGUGCUGGAGGGAGAGACGACCUUCAAGGCUGCCACAGCUAAUGGGAAUCCCGAAGAACAAUUCAUAGUGAAAGAUCGUGCCACCUCGUUCACCAGCGCCCAACGUUCCCUGAUGGUUAUGCAGGUUCUGCUGCGCACUCCCUUCGAUGACAGUGAUCGUUGCGGAAUACGUCGUUUGCUCAAUGAUAAAACCUAUUUAGCUUGUUUCCCCCUGCACGAAGGACGUUAUGAUCGUCCGCAUUCGAGUGGCGUCUCCUUGGAUCGUCGAAUACUCUAUCAAACCUGGGCCCAUCCCUCACAAUGGUAUAAAAAACAACCAUUGUGUUUGGUGCGGAAAUAUUUUGGCGACAAAAUUGCCCUGUACUUUUGUUGGCUAGGUUUCUAUACGGAAAUGUUGGUAUAUCCAUCGAUUGUGGGUACCCUAUGUUUUAUUUAUGGUUUGGCAACGCUAGAGUCGGAAGAUAAUACACCGAGUAAGGAGAUUUGCAAUGAUUUGGGACCGGGUAAUAUUACACUCUGUCCGCUAUGUGAUAAGGCUUGUAGCUAUCAGAGGUUGUCUCAGUCAUGUUUGUUUUCGAGGAUUACCUAUUUGUUCGAUAAUCCGUCAACGGUAUUCUUUGCGAUUUUCAUGUCAUUUUGGGCUACAACUUUUCUGGAGUUAUGGAAACGAAAACAGUCGGUAAUUGUUUGGGAAUGGGAUUUGAAUAGCGUUGAAUCCGACGAGGAAAAUCGCCCUGAAUUUGAAACGAAUGCCACGAAUUUUCGUAUAAAUCCGGUGACCAGAGAAAAAGAACCAUAUAUGUCAACAUGGAGUCGAACGAUACGUUUUGUUAUUACUGGGAGUGCGGUAUUCUUUAUGAUUGUCAUAGUUUUGUCAGCCGUUUUGGGCACCAUUAUCUACCGCAUAUCCAUGGUGACUGUGAUCUAUGGCGGUGGGGGAUUUUUCGUGAAUGAACAUGCCAAAUUAUUUACCACAAUAACGGCGGCCCUCAUUAACUUGGUGGUCAUUAUGAUAUUGACAAGGAUCUACCACCGACUGGCCAUACGUCUGACGAACCUGGAAAAUCCCCGCACCCACACGGAAUACGAAGAUUCGUAUACGUUCAAGAUAUUCUUUUUUGAGUUUAUGAACUUUUAUUCGUCGCUGAUUUACAUCGCGUUCUUUAAGGGCAGGUUUUUUGAUUAUCCAGGAGAUGAUCAGGCCCGCCGCAGUGAUUUCUUUCGUUUGAAAAAUGAUAUAUGCGAUCCGGCAGGAUGUCUUUCGGAAUUAUGUAUUCAGUUGGCAAUUAUUAUGGUUGGCAAACAAUGCUGGAAUAAUUUUAUGGAAUAUCUAUUUCCGAAAUUCUAUAAUUGGUGGCGUCAACGCAAGCAUAAACAGGCCACCAAGGAUGAGAGUCAUUUGCACAUGGCCUGGGAACAGGAUUAUCAUAUGCAGGAUCCGGGAAGGUUGGCGCUGUUCGAUGAAUAUUUGGAAAUGAUUCUCCAAUAUGGCUUCGUAACCCUAUUUGUGGCAGCCUUCCCCUUGGCUCCCCUUUUCGCUUUGCUCAAUAAUGUUGCCGAGAUACGUUUGGAUGCCUAUAAAAUGGUAACUCAGGCCAGACGACCGCUAGCCGAACGUGUUGAAGAUAUUGGUGCAUGGUAUGGCAUAUUGCGGAUUAUAACCUAUACGGCGGUGGUUUCAAAUGCCUUUGUCAUUGCCUAUACCAGUGAUUUUAUACCACGUAUGGUCUAUAAAUUCGUCUACUCCGAAUCGAAUACCCUAGUGGGUUAUAUCGAACAUUCACUGUCGGUGUUCAAUACAUCGGAUUAUAAGGAGGAAUGGGGUGCCAAAACGGAAAAAGAUCCGGAUACAUGUUAUUAUAGAGGUUAUAGAAAUGGUCCUGAAGAUUACGAACCCUAUGGUUUAAGUCCCCACUAUUGGCAUGUUUUUGCAGCCCGCUUGGCAUUUGUGGUGGUGUUUGAGCACGUGGUCUUCGUCAUCACAGGCGUUAUGCAGUUCAUUAUACCCGAUAUCCCAGCCGAAGUUAAGACCCAAAUGCAGCGAGAACAACUGCUGGCCAAGGAGGCGAAAUAUCAACACGGCAUGAAGCGAGCCCAAGUGGAUAGCCAAGAUCUGAUGAGUGUAUUUCGUGAUGCUGGCAGUCGUCACAGUAAUGCCAGCCUACAAUUUCCCACCACGGAAAGUGGAGGAGUCGGCGGCGGAGGUGGUGGUCCAUUUGCAUCACGUCGCAGUUGGGCUCGUCGUUUUUCCCGGCUCAGUGAUGGCCUCGAUGCUCAUGUAGAGGUGGCCUCCCGACCACGACGCUCCAUGGAAUCGACAGUGUGGGAAGUUUCCUGACAUGAAGAGGAAUCCGAAUCACAGAAUGAUAUUCUAUAUGCCAAAAGUAAACAUUAG